GUCUUCUUCCUUCUACCUCUUUCAUCCCUACCAGCUACCUAGCUCGUGUGCGCCAUCUGGAUCUGAAUCUAGCCCCCUCCUCCGUCCCUAUAUAUAAGCCCACCCGUUGCCGAGGAGAAAUCAUUGGCCAGAGUGAGAGUUCAGCAACACUCCUUCACUACACCUCGUUCACUUCCAACGAUCUCCAGUUCUCCACACCACAGAGAGAGGGAGAGAGAGUGUGUGUGUGUUGAAGCAAAGAUGAAGCUUAUGGGGAAGAGCCAGAGGAGUGGAGGAGGCUUGAGCAGGAGCCUCAAGGAACACAGGGCCAGGCUCUACAUCAUCCAGCGCUGCGUCGUCAUGCUCCUCCGCUGGCACGACUGACUCCCUCGCUCCAUGGAUGGAUCCGUCCUUCCAUUCCAUGGAUGGUGUUUGAAGCAAAGAUAUACUUUUUGGUUUUGGGUCUGUGAUUGUGCUGUGCCACAAUGGUGUCGGCAGGUAGUACUUGUACAUAAGAGGCGAGUUAAAUUAUAGAAGUAGAAGUAGCAGCAAAGCAAUAGCGACCCUUCAGCAGGUGUAUCCCAUUGUACAAUUACAUCAGUGCCGAAUACUGGAAUGCAAUAUAUCAGCUGAAAGAUAAGGAAUCAUUGGACCAA